AUGUUUUCACUCCUCAAGCUUGUCCAUCUUUUGGGUCUAACAGCAAAGACCUCUGCCUACAAUGUGUAUCGCACCCUAGAGCGAUCAACCAAUAACACUGGCCUGAAUACUCCGAAAUCCCACUAUCGCCCUUUACUAUGUAUGGCCAUGCAGUGGUGUCACUUGAAGCUGCUGAAGCGAGGAGGAAGGGCGCACAAUGAUUCCGGGGUUACGGCGACAAAAGAAGGCAAGCUCGCAGUGCUUUGCCCUUCCUGCCCAUGCCCUGGUAUCAAUUUACCUGAUGACUGGAAGGCUGUUCCUGAGAACAAAAGAUUCCUAUAUGCUGCUUUGAUUUGCAUGGAUGCAAACUUUCGAUUGAAGAAUCAACUUGUCUCUGACUACUCUCAAGACCCAGUGCUCGGGCCUGGCUGGGCAUAUAUGGUGCAGCAUGAGCCCUAUGAGGAGAAUGUUUUGAAACAGGCCGAGCAGCAGGACAUUAGUGCCGCUGUUUUCCUUUUGCUUUUGUUCUCUCAUUUCAAAUUCAGAUUAGUACCUGCAUAG